AUGCUGGCUACUCUGAGUGGGGGCUUUGCAGGCUGGGUCAAGGAGGGCCGACCAGUUGAAGCCGGGUCAAUGUCUGACAGUGGACCGAGGAAGAUCUUCAUUACUGAGGACGUCCCCAAGUCAUUCUCAGGCGAUAAGGAGGCAUACCUGCGAGCAUCGGAGAAGGAGGUAGGUGAAGCCAACGCUUUGAAGUCUGCGGCAGAUGUCAAUGGCUUGGUGGCCACUGGUCAAACUGAUGAUCACUCAUCGCAAGCAGCACAGUCAUCGCGCGCAGUUGAAGAUGCAAGCAGCGCAGCACCUUCACCAUCUCUUUGGGAAGUUGUUGGCGGUGCAGACAAGGGUGGCAUCGUUGUCCGCAAGGGCAAGGACACGUCUUCAGAGCAGGAGCCGAGACGUUUGGUCACCGGCUCCCUGAUUGAGCAACGCGAGCUCGUAGGAGAUCGACUCCGCUACGCACUCCACACGGGAGAAGGCCCUUCAGAAGGCUGGGUGAGCAUCCGACUGAAAGCAAAAGAGCUGGUGGUCAAAACUCGCUGA